AACAUGGCCGACCCCGCCGACGACAGCAAGUUCCUUUACCUGGAUAACGACUUCCGCAACAGCAGCGUGGCGCAGGCCGACUGGGCCGCCAAGAAGCUGGUGUGGGUGCCGUCGGAGCGGGACGGCUUCGAGCAGGCCAACAUCAAAGAGGAGAAGGGUGAUGAGGUGCUCGUGGAGCUUUCCAACGGUCAGAAGAUGAAAGUGAACAAGGACGAGAUCCAGAAGAUGAACCCGCCCAAGUUCAGCAAGGUGGAAGACAUGGCGGCCCUCACCUUCCUCAACGAAGCCUCCGUCCUGCACAACCUGCGAGAGAGAUACUUCUCCAGCCUGAUCUAUACGUACUCGGGUCUGUUCUGCGUGGUGGUGAAUCCCUACAAGAUGCUGCCAAUCUACUCUGAAAAGAUAAUAGAGAUGUAUAAAGGCAAGAAGCGUCACGAGGUGCCGCCGCACAUCUACUCCAUCACAGACAACGCCUACAGGAACAUGAUGCAAGACCGUGAGGAUCAGUCUAUUCUCUGCACAGGUGAGUCUGGAGCAGGAAAGACAGAAAACACCAAGAAGGUGAUUCAGUACCUGGCCGUCAUCGCUUCUUCACACAAAGGCAAAAAGGAAGCAAACCCUCAGCAGCAGGGAGGAAAUCUGGCUUAUGGGGAGCUAGAGAAGCAGCUGCUGCAGGCCAAUCCCAUCCUGGAGGCUUUCGGUAACGCCAAAACCAUCAAGAACGACAACUCCUCCCGAUUUGGAAAGUUCAUCAAGCUCAACUUUGACGUGACCGGCUACAUCGUCGGGGCCACUAUUGACACCUACCUGCUGGAGAAGUCUCGCUGUAUCCGUCAGGGCAACACCGAGCGAGCCUUUCACAUCUUCUAUUACAUGGUGGCCGGAGCCAAAGACAAGAUGAGGGAGGAGCUGCUGCUGGAGGACUUCAGCAGCUAUCGUUUCCUGGUUGCGGGACAUGUGGAGGUCCGUGGAGGUCCCGGUCAGGAGGAGGACGAGAUGUUAGAAGAGACUCUGGAGGCCAUGACGAUCAUGGGCUUCACUGAGGAAGAGAGAAUAGGCAUGUUUAAGGUGGUGUCCACUGUCCUCCAGCUGGGCAACAUCAAGUUUGAGAAGGAGAGGAACAACGAGCAGGCGACCAUGCCUGACAACACCGCUGCCCAGAAGGUGUGUCACCUGCAGGGCAUCAACGUGACCGACUUCACCCGGGCCAUCCUCACCCCCAGGAUCAAAGUGGGCCGGGAGGUGGUGCAGAAGGCGCAGACCAAGCAGCAGGCUGAUUUUGCGGUGGAGGCUCUGGCUAAGGCCAUGUACGAACGUCUGUUUCGUUGGAUCCUCGCCAGAGUCAACAAGACGCUGGACAAGAGCAAGAGGCAGUCGUCGUCCUUCUUGGGCAUCCUGGACAUCGCUGGCUUUGAGAUUUUUGAGGACAACUCAUUCGAGCAGCUCUGCAUCAACUACACCAACGAGCGUCUGCAGCAGCUCUUCAACCACACCAUGUUCGUCCUGGAGCAGGAGGAGUACAAGAGGGAGGGCAUCGAGUGGAACUUCAUCGACUUCGGCCUGGAUCUGCAGCCCUGCAUCGAGCUCAUCGAGAGGCCGAACAACCCUCCAGGCAUCCUGGCCCUGCUGGACGAGGAGUGCUGGUUCCCCAAAGCCACUGAUCUUACCUUCGUGGACAAGCUGCUGAACACUCACACCGGUCACGUUAAGUUCACUAAACCCAAACAGCACAAAGACAAGCUGAUGUUCAGUGUUCUGCACUACGCUGGAAAGGUGGACUAUAAUGCAGCAAACUGGUUGACGAAGAACAUGGACCCUCUGAACGACAACGUGACAGCUCUGCUCAACAACUCAUCCAACAACUUCAUCCAGGACCUGUGGAAAGACGCGGAUCGAGUGGUGGGUCUGGAUACCAUGAACAAGAUGUCAGAGAGUUCGGUCCCCACUAAAUCCAAGAAGGGUAUGUUCCGUACAGUCGGCCAGCUGUACAAGGAGUCUCUGGGCAAGCUGAUGACCACGCUGCACAACACGCAACCAAACUUUGUCCGCUGUAUCAUCCCCAACCACGAGAAGAGGGCUGGUAAGAUGGACUCCAACUUGGUGCUGGAGCAGCUCCGGUGCAACGGUGUGCUGGAGGGCAUCCGAAUCUGUCGGCAGGGAUACCCGAACCGCAUCGUGUUCCAGGAGUUCAGGCAGAGAUAUGAGAUCCUGGCUGCUAACGCCAUCCCGAAAGGCUUCAUGGACGGGAAGCAGGCGUGCAGUCUGAUGGUAAAGCAUCUGGAUCUGGAUCCUAACCUGUUUCGUAUUGGUCAGAGUAAGAUGUUCUUCAGGACCGGCGUUCUGGCUCAGCUGGAGGAGGAGAGAGACCUCAAACUGACGGUGGUCAUCAUCUCCUUCCAGGCUCAAGCAAGAGGCUUCCUGGGCCGCAAUACCACGCUGUCCACACAGAGCCAGGUGAAGGAGGUGCAGAGGGACCUGGAGGAGUCACGUGCAGCCCAGAAGGAGGUGCUGAUCAGCCAGGAGUCUGAGCGCAGAGCCAAGGCGAUGGAGGCCGACGUCGUCCAGCUGCAUGAGAUGUUGGCAGCAGCCGAGAGAGCUCGUAAGCAGGCGGAGGCGGAGAGAGACGAGCUGUCCGAAGAAAUGGCCAGUAACUCCUCCGGAAGGACCCUGAUGUCUGAUGAGAAGCGUCGGCUGGACUCUAAGAUCAGCCAGCUGGAGGAGGAGCUGGAGGAGGAGCAGGCCAACGUGGAGAGCCUCAACGACCGUCUGAGGAAGAGCCAGCAGCUGGUGGAGCAGCUGAGUUCGGACCUGUCCACAGAGAAAUUCUCCUCUCAGAGCCGGGAGGGAUCCAGGCAGCAGCUGGAGAGACAGAAUCGAGAGCUGAAGGCCAAACUGCAGGAGGCGGAGGGCCAGGGCCGCACCAAGCUCAAGUCCGCCAUCGCCGGCCUGGAGGCCAAACUGAGAGAGGCGGAGGAGCAGCUGGAGAUCGAGAGCAGAGAGCGUCAAGCCAACGGCAAGAACCUGCGUCAGAAAGAGAAGAAACUGAAGGAUUUCACCGUCCAGAUGGAGGAUGAGAGGAAGCAGGCGCAGCAGUACAAAGACCAGGCGGAGAAGAGCAGCCUGCGGGUGAAGCAGCUGAAGCUUCAGCUGGAGGAGGCGGAGGAGGAGGCGCAGCGCAUGGCGGCCGGCCGCAGGAAACUGCAGAGAGAGCUGGACGAGUCGAGCGAGGGCAACGAAGCUCUCAACAGAGAAGUGUCUUCACUCAGGAGCAAACUGAGGCGUGGCGGGGAGGCGGGUUUCAGCAGUCCCAGUCCGAGGAGCAGCGGCAGCAUCAGGAGUUUGGGGCUCGGAGGAGGAGGAGGAGGAAGCAUCAGCCGGAGGAGCGCCAUCAGAGAGAACUCAGUGGAGCUCCAGGAGGAAGAGCCUCGCUCCCCGUCUCCACCAACCUGCGACUCCCCUGCGGAGCCACGCGGAGAAGUCUACACCUGCUCCCCCGACGAGUAG